AUGUUCGUGUUUGUGAAGUUGGCCUGGUUUCCUCAUCUUCACCGGUCAGUUCAGAUUUUGGCAGAGUUUAUGGAUGGCCAGUGCUUUAUCAGUUACGUUAUCUACCGCGUCCGUGUUCGCCGUGGGGGCCGUAAGCGCCCCGUCCCCAAAGGUGCCACCUACGGCAAACCUGUGCACCACGGCGUUAACCAGCUGAAGUUCGCCCGGAGCCUUCAGUCUGUGGCAGAGGAACGUGCUGGCCGUCACUGUGGGGCCCUGAGAGUCUUGAACUCCUACUGGGUGGGUGAAGACUCCACGUACAAAUUUUUCGAAGUGAUCCUCAUCGAUCCCUUCCACAAGGCCAUCCGGCGCAAUCCCGACACGCAGUGGAUCACCAAGCCAGUCCACAAGCACCGGGAGAUGCGCGGGCUCACGUCGGCCGGGCGCAAGAGCCGCGGCCUGGGCAAGGGCCACAAGUUCCACCACACCAUCGGCGGCUCGCGCCGCGCGGCCUGGCGGAGACGCAACACCCUGCAGCUGCACCGCUACCGCUGAGCCGCGCCGCGGUAGCCACCCAAUAAAGCUUGUGCGGGCUGUC